AUGGUUGUGACCUGUCGAUCCUCUGCACAGCCCUCUGCGUACCCUAGCAUUAGUCCCGGUGAUCCUGAUAUGGCAUCUGCGUGUGACCCAAAUUCACCCAACCAGACCCCCUUAACGACUGUGAGGCCUGGGGAAAAUCACCCUGAGUGCCCGAUUCUUGAUCCCUCGUCCUCCAGUGGCAAUACUUCCAGUAGUCAGGGCUCCGACGACAGCUCUGGUUCUAACGAUAGCUCAAGCUCAAGCAACAGCUCAGGCUUUGAGUCUGUGGAGGUGGUCUCACUUGAGACCAUCCCGACCAGGGGUGGAGCUGGCUCGGUUACCCCAGCUCAGUCCCCCAGUGUCGUGACAGUAGGCACUCUGGAUGCGGGCCCCUCGGGUGUCGAAGUCCCUAAGGCUAGCCUGGCAGAGUCCUUCCUCCUUUGGAGAGAAGAAAACUGUGGUCAAUACCCCAAGCAUCUUAAUGCCUAA